AUGCAUCGCAUGUUUAACUUUUCAGCAAACUUGUUGCCUCUGAACAAACCGGUUGAUUGGAGUAGAGGAUUUGAGCUGUCAGACCGGAUAGUGGAAGCAGAACGUAAUGUGAAGGCCUCGGAUUUCAUCAUUCCUGUCUUUGUUUUCAGUGUGCAGCAGUUGCCAACUCCCCAGCUGAAGGACGAGCUGAAAGAAAUACUUCAUACUGCCACACAGCUCACAACUGUCGUUCCCAUCGUUGUCCUCACUCAUCGGACUCACAAGAACUAUCCUGAAGUCGAAGCCAUGUUCAGGGACAUUGGAACAGAGAAGUUUUUUCCUCUUGAAAAUUACACAGAAAAAAAUCCAAAAAGAAAAAAGGAAACUGACGAGGCGGUCAUCCAGUUUCUAUAUGAAGUCAUCAGCGACGCUGAGUUCCGAGCUAGCUAUCCCCGGAACGCGGAUCAGGAGAUGAUUGAUCGGAAGGUGUUUGUACUGAAAUAUAUUCACGACAGAGAACUGAUGAUUCAGAGACAAAACCUGGACACACAGGGAUAUGUGGAGAGCAAGGGUGCGGAGCAGGCCUUCAAACUGAGGAAGGAAGAGGAGGAGAAAGCGCGGCGAAAAAGUGGAGAAUUAUUUAAGGAAAAAUUAGAGAAGAUGCGAGGAGAAUUCGAGAGACAGCAACUGCGCGACCAGUAUGAACACGAAAAGAGAAUGAAAGAGCUGCAAAAGAAAGGAAAGAACAGGAAGAGCAAAUAACAGGACACAAGGUGUAGACGGGAGGACGGUGGCCUCUGUGGUGGCUUUAUCCCUCAGGGUGAAGACCCAUAGUGCCUCAUCUGUAAUAGGACAUACGGCGGAAAUCCAAAGAGAGAACUGAAUAUUAAAGUGUUCCGGUACUGCCUUGUGACAUGUCAGAGUGACAUAUAAAAAGGUCUGGACCAUUGAGGGUCUGAGUUCUGAGACCCCCACAGAUCUCUAGAACCAGGAGAGAGAGGCACAUAUUACACUCUCCACAGGGACGAAUUGGCCAUAGACCUUACAGGGAAACUUCCUGGUGGGCCGAGGGGACUGUGGUAUUUGGCCCUGUUUGGGUGGUAUAAUGUGCCACAAUAUGGUUUUGCUGGCCUUGCCUUCCAUCAAUUUUGAAUUGACUACAAAAGGGGGCCACUUUUAGUAUUUUUUCCAGGGCCACUUUAAGUUCCCAGGCCGCCCCUGCACUUUCCCUCCUGACUGAAGGAGAAGGACUCAAUAGAAAGUCCACAGGCCCAUCUCAUAUCCAUCUCCGGCUAUGUGAGGGCUACCAUCUUUUUGUUCUAGAGAUCAGUGGGGUCUCAGCGCUCCGACCCCAACAAUAAAAAGCUUUUUGAGCAAAUUGACCAUUUGGCCUUUAGUGCUUCACAGGGGGAAGCCCCCAGCCCCCGCUCCACUAGUGUGGUCUCUACAGGAUGAUGCUUAUCGGCCUCAUUCCUCAGAAUGUCUCACAGUGAUAUUGUCUUUGUGGCCCACAACAACCGGAGCUCAGCUUUCAUGUGGGGGUACAUCAUCCCCCCAUUAUCCUGCACACAGGGAAUCAGGCUUCUGUUUUUCACGGUCCAUCCUGUUCCAAGUUGAUUGGUAAUCAGGUCCCACGUGGGUCCAGACAGUUCUCAGGACAGGGACUGAUAUUUUAGACACUAAUAUCUAUUACCAUGUGUAAUCUGAUUAUAUCUUUGUUGUCCUUUUACAACAUUUAUAUGUUAAAAUAAAUCCGAUCUCCAGGUUCUUGUUCACAUUUACUGUUCCUCGUUGUAGUAUUAGAAGGCCUUAAUUGCUCCCGUGGUGCAUGUGGCUCUCCGGUGGC